AUAUAAUAUAUAUGUAUAUAUUAUAUCUAUGCUUGGACAUCGUGGAUUCGGAUAUGAAACGAUGAAUAGUUAAUCUAAACAACACGCUUCAUUUGAUUUUAGAAAAGUUUUACAUCUUUGGAUUGAUAUAUGCAUUUCGCAGAGAAAACUUAAUUUUAAUCAUCGUUUUUUCAUCCUUCAUUGCCGAACAGUAUCCCGCAAAAUGAAGCAAAUUCUUUGUGGAAAAAUAGGGGACAGCAUACUGUUAGUUUCAAAGAAAUCGCGAUAUCCAGUUUCUGUAGUAUGGACAAGAAACAUAAUAUCGGGUAGAAUGAGCAAAGUAUAUCGGCCCUUAUUAGCAUCGCCACAUGUACGUUAUUUUGGAAAUCCAAAUCGUGCAUAUGCCAUGUUUAUAGGAAGAGUUUUAAGAGGAGCAUUAAAAAUUCGGUAUCUUUUAUUGGGAGGUGCAGUUGGUGGUGGAGUAACAUUACAAAAGAAAUAUGAGCAAUGGAAAGAAAUUUUGCCAGACAUGAGCUGGUUGGAUGAUAUUCUCCCUAAUGAAAAUGAAUGGCAAAACUUUCGUGGCACGUUAAUGACAGUUAAGAAUACCAUAGCAGACAAAAUAGAGCUUGAUCCACGUCUAAAGCAAUAUGGGGAAGCUAAAUAUAAAGAGUAUAGACAGUGGUUUAAUCAAAGACUGGAUGAUGCUAUUAAAGCAACGGAAAUUGAUCAGAAUGAGCGAGAUGUGAAUUUGUUCUCUAAUCGUAUAUUUGACGCGAUCUCAGCAAUAGUAAAUCAACUUUAUUCAGAAACAAGGGGUCAACUCUCGAACAGUACUGUAGCGUUUGCUCGGCCAUUAGUUGAUGAUAAUGUUGAAGAGGAACGUAAGAAAGCUCAAAAAUCGCAAGAGAGAUUAAAUGCCAUGCAAGAGGAAGUGAUGCAAAUACAAUUAAAGUAUCAACGUGAACUCGAAAGAUUAGAAAGAGAAAAUAAAGAGUUACGAAAGCAAAUGCUGUUACGCGGCAAUCAAAAGCUGAGCAACAAAAAGAUAAAAAAAUCUUUAAUCGACAUGUACAGUGAUGUUCUAGACGAACUUAGCGAUUACGAUAGUGCUUAUUCGAUCGCUGAUCAUUUACCGAGGGUAGUGGUCGUUGGCGAUCAAAGUUCUGGUAAAACAUCUGUAUUAGAAAUGAUUGCUCAAGCAAGGAUAUUUCCAAGAGGUGGUGGUGAGAUGAUGACGAGAGCUCCUGUUAAGGUCACUUUGAGCGAGGGUCCCUAUCAUAUAGCGCAGUUCAAAGAUAGUUCAAGGGAAUUCGAUCUAACAAAAGAGUCAGAAUUAGCUGAACUUAGGCGCGAGGUAGAGAUACGCAUGAAAAACAGUGUUAAAAAUGGAAAGACUGUUAGUCAGGAUGUAAUUUCAAUGACAGUCAAAGGACCGGGUCUUCAGCGCAUGGUUCUGGUUGAUUUACCUGGCAUAAUCAGCACAGUUACAGUCGACAUGGCAGAAGAUACUCGAGAUGCAAUUCGGCAAAUGUCUCAGCAAUACAUGAGCAAUCCUAAUGCGAUUAUUCUCUGCAUCCAAGAUGGAUCGGUGGAUGCCGAAAGAAGUAAUGUGACAGACCUCGUGGCACAUAUGGAUCCCUCCGGUAAACGAACCAUUUUUGUCUUGACGAAGGUGGAUCUAGCAGAGGAGAAUUUGGCCAAUCCCGAACGACUUCGUAAAAUAUUGUCUGGUAAACUAUUCCCUAUGAAAGCAUUAGGCUAUUUCGCUGUUGUCACUGGUCGUGGCAAACAAAAUGACAGCAUACAAACGAUUCGAGAUUACGAGGAAAAGUUCUUCAGAAAUUCGAAGCUCUUUAAAGAUGGUUUCGCUAUGUCCGGUCAAGUUACCACAAGAAAUCUUAGUCUCGCCGUCGCGGAAUGUUUUUGGAAAAUGGUUCGCGAGACUGUAGAGCAACAAGCAGAUGCCUUUAAAGCAACCAGAUUCAAUCUUGAAACAGAAUGGAAAAAUAAUUUCCCAAGACUGAGAGAAUUGGAUCGAGACGAACUCUUCGAGAAAGCACGAGGAGAAAUAUUAGACGAGAUUGUGAAUUUGUCCCAAGUUUCACCAAGACAUUGGGAGGAAGUAUUGAUGACCAGAAUUUGGGAUAAAGUUAGCAUGCACGUGUUCGAGAAUAUCUACUUGCCCGCUGCUCAAAGUGGAAAUCCUGGGACAUUUAACACAACUGUUGACAUAAAACUUCGACAAUGGGCGGAACAACAGUUACCAGCACGGAGUGUCGAAAGCGGUUGGGAAUGCUUGCAACAAGAGUUUCUCCAUUUCAUGAGUCAAGCAAGACUAAGUACUGAUCACGAUGACAUUUUUGACAAUUUAAAAAAUGCAGUCGUUAACGAAGCGAUGAGACGACAUUCCUGGGAAGACAAAGCGUCUGAAAUGUUACGCGUUAUCCAAUUGAAUACUUUGGAAGACAGAAGUGUCAACGAUAAACGGGACUGGGAUCAAGCAGUACGUUUCUUAGAGACAUCUGUCAAGGAGAAACUGCAAGCUACGGAGCAAAUUCUACGUGAAAUGCUUGGUCCUGGCCGAAAAGAACGAUGGUUUUAUUGGCAGAGUCAAAGCGAAGAGCAACAGAACCGCACAUUGGUGAAAAAUGAGUUGGAUAAAAUUCUGUAUUCGGAUAAAAAACAUGCUCCCACUUUAACGCAAGAUGAACUCACAACGAUUAGGAAAAAUUUGCAACGAAACGGUCUAGAAGUUGAUAACGAAUUUAUUCGAGAAACGUGGCACCCUGUUUACAGAAGAUUUUUUCUACAACAAAGUUUGGCCAGGGCAUACGAUUGCAAAAAAGGAUAUUAUCUGUACCAUACAGGACACGAAAGUGAAAUGGAGUGUAACGAUGUCGUCCUGUUUUGGAGGAUUCAACAAAUGUUGAAAGUAACUGCCAACGCACUCAGACAACAAAUUAUGAAUCGCGAAGCCCGUAGAUUAGACAAAGAAAUCAAGGAGGUGCUGGAAGAUUACAGUCAAGAUACCGAAAUUAAAAAGAAUUUGUUAACGGGUAGACGAGUCACAUUGGCAGAGGAACUCAAACGCGUUAGACAGAUUCAAGAGAAACUCGAGGAAUUCAUUCAAGUACUGAAUAAAGAGAAAUGAAAAGGAUAAAUUAAGGAUGUAGAUACAUACUUGAAACCAGAGGUGCAUAUGUGAUAAAUAGCAUGAUAGCCCUGGUGGCUGAUGUACGAAUGCUUAGGUAGUAAUUUAUUUUGUUCAUUAUUGAGCGGCGGGCUAGACAUUAAUAGUCAUUCAUUUAUACGAGAAACUGUAUAGAGACACAAGUUCCGACAUACAAAAUCGCUGUACGGUUAUAACAGUAACAUUAUCACUGGACUCUCAUAAUAAUCAAAUAAUAUUUAUAAAUAUAUAAAUAGUUCAUGGAUUGGAUGUUUGGUUACAUUUUCGUGAAAAGUUAAUCCGAAUACAAUAUUAUUAGUGUCCGUUAUCGAUUAUACCAAAGCAGAUAACAAAAAUUCCAGAUACUGCUUCAUAUACACAUGAUGUAUAGACACAUUGAGUGGUGCAUAUGUAUGACAACACAUUGAUUGUAGAUAUAAAAUAAAAAAUGUAUUUAAUUCUUAUACACAUUGAACAUGAAUAGGGAGAUAACAAUGAUCAUUUUGUAUAUACGUCUAUGCAUACAAACAAACAGGAGCAUUGUAUGGGUAGACAAAUGAUUGAAAUAAAAGAAUAAAACAUACAUAUCGAGUAUUUCUAAACGUUUUUUUAGAUGCAAAACAAACAUCUACUGAACAUUUUCUAAAGCAUAUAUAACGAAAAUAAAAUACGUUAUAUAAGAAUAAAAUAUUUGUACUAAGAGAUAAAAUUGAUUCUUCUAUUUUAACGAACAAAAUGAAUAUAAACAGAUUAAAGAAACAUGACAAAUAUUACUCCAUAGACAUAAUUCUAUCUGUAUAGACAUUAUUUUGAAAGUUUCUUUCAUCGUGUAAUACUUGCUCGCUCAAGAAAUUUGUCACCGACACUCAACAGAAUUACUUGUCAAGUUCUUAUGAAAUUGAGAUAUGCUUUUUUACAAAAGUGGUAGAGAUUAUUAAAAUACGCAAUCUAUCUCUAAAAGAUUUCUUCUCAUGGUACGUAAAGUUUUACAACGUAUUUUGAUGAAAUUUAUUCCUAUUAUUCAUAAAUUCAUAUUCACACGUUAAGUGCCAAGCUUAUUUUGUUCUACUUUCCGUUUAUGUCACAUAAUACUGACCAGACAUCAUAUUAUCAGUAAGAUAUAACCGAAAUCGAUUAGUAAAAAACGUGAUAAACGGAUAUCUGAAC